UAUAUUUAGUGACAAAUGAGCAACACGCAUAGGUAAGCAACAUUUACAAUCGAUUAGAGUUUUAUAAACUUCUUGAAUUAACUUAUAUUUCUCAAUAAACUGGGUGCCGCAUCCUUGACGAAGUCUGCGGUUUUAACACACACGCAAUGUUAUCAGAAACUAACUGUAACGCGCUUAUUUCCAAUCAUCCAAUGUAUACUACUUUUAUAAACUUCUGGAUUAGACUUAUCAUUCUUAUCAGAUGGGUGUCGCAUCCUUGACGUAGUCUGUGGUUUUAAAACCCAUGCAAUAUUAUCACAACGCACAUAAUAUAAGGAGAAUAAUUUUUUAUUAAGUUAGUCAAACGUAACGAUACACCGCAAGUUAAAAUAUGGCGAGUAGGCAAAAUUCUGCAAAAAAUCGUCGAGGAGGACAAUAUUGUGUUGCUGGUUGGCCCAACGGAAAAAGUUGUACAAACAGUCAACACACAAGGGUGUCUCAGUACAUCGUUUCCCCAUGAAUGACAAGGAGAGGCUGAAUAAAUGGACGAAAUUUGUUAGGAGACAUAGGCCAAAAUUCGUUCCUCAGCAGUACUCUGUGCUAUGUUCAAUGCAUUUCGCAGAUUGGUACAUAUUGCAGGCACGUACUGGCAGUACUUCAUUUCAAUGAAAACCUUCACAGACAGCCAAAAAAAAACAAAAAAUGGAACACCAUAUUAUUCUGUGACAUACCCAAAAUUUAAAUCAGGGGAUGAAGUAGUAAGAACUGUUUCUUCAGCACCAUCAUAUUACAAUGUUAAUGAAAUCAAAAAUGUCAUGGUUCUUAGUUGUGAGGAAUCCAUGGACAACAUAUUUAAGAAGUAUAAGGAAAAAGUCCCAGAAGCCUUAAACAAAACUUUCUCAGAUCGAAUUUCCAAAACUGAGGCAAUCCAACGGCAUUUGGAUAGGAAACAACUAUCUUCAACACCAUUGUUUCCCACAUAUCAAGAGCAAGAUGUACUGCAAACAAAAGGUUUAGACAAAGAAAAACAAGCUGCUUCAACAGGUCCUUCAGAUCCAAAAAAAAUGUGCUUAUGCAAAAAUUGUGGACAGCCAAUGAAAGGACAUCCAAAAGGUCAUUGUCCACAAGAAUUACUUGACAAAUAUUCUUAGCAGGCCAACUUUAAAGUUAGUUAUAAAAUAAUAUACUAUGCUACAAAAAAUGUUCUUAUUUGAUUAAUUAUUUUGACUUCACACAACAAAAUUGUGAAGCAUCACAGCACAAUAAUGAACCACAUAAAGGUAAAAA